AUGGCCUUCGUGGCGCGUGUGGGGCUGUGCGUCCCCGCCAUCGGUGGCUUCGUGGGCUUGGAGUGCGCGGCCAUCUUCGAUCACGAGCACUGGAUCACGGCAGGGUGGCGCUGGGCGACCACGGACAGCAUGGACAAGUUCAUUCGGCUUGAUGCACAGGACCAGCGCUUCGCCUUGCUGCGCAACCACAAGAACGGUGUCUGCGGAAGCACGGGCUCUACAGGGAAGCCGCUGGACUGCGUAUACGCCACCGCGCACACGGCCAUCAACGUCAAGGACUACAUGACCGAGAAGGUGGUCUCGGCCACGUCGGCCAUGUACGGCACCGUGGCCGACUACACCAAGACCCAGGUCGUGCACGCCUUGUCGUCGACGUACGGCACUGUUAAGGGUGUGACCUUCAUGGCGCUAAGCUACGUGCUCGGCCUCAAGAUCGUGGUGCUAGUCGACGGAGACAGCGGCUGGUGGUCGGCAUAG